UCUACAAUAUGGCUGAAACAGGAUUACCACUAGGAGCAGUUUACACUGGAGCAACUGUUCAAACAUUAGAUCAAGCAAGAAAAGAAGCAGAAUCAAAACCAGAAGGUUAUUCACCAACUGCAUUUAACCCGAAAACAUGUUCACAAAAAGGAUAUUGCAAAGUGGCAAGGACUCGUGUGCCAGUUGGAGGAAACAAAACACCAUCUCCAGAUGCGAUUGCGAAAGGAGCUAAAGUUCCCUACGAAGGUGAACAAGACAAAGAUAAAAGAGGAUUCAAUGUAUACUAUGAAGUACAUGGAACAGGACCAAAUCACGUCGUCUUCAUUAUGGGAUUGAAUAACAGCUGUUUCGGAUGGUUGAACCAGGUAGAACAUUUGGUCAAAGAUCCUUCCUUUUCAUGUUUAGUGCUCGACAAUCGAGGAUAUGGAAACACAGACAUCCCUUCUGGACGAUACAAAACUUCCGAAAUGGCACUGGAUGUUUUAGAGGUCUGCGAUCAUGUUGGCUGGACAGGCCUUCGUGAUUUAAACGUUGUCGGAGUAUCGAUGGGAGGAAUGAUUUCUUUGGAAAUCUCAAAGCUUGCACCUGAACGUGUGAAGAGUUUGACAUUGAUCAGUACGACCAGUGGACGUGGAAAUGGCGAAAAGGACCUUAGGAUCAGCUUGCCACCAUUCACGGGUGUCUCUACCAUUUCUAGAUUGAUCGCCGGUCGUACACUAGGAUUCGAUAGCGAUCAAUAUCGUGUAAAUAGAGUAUGUGAGAUGCUCUUCCCGACAAAGUUUCUCGAGACUGUCAAUGAAAAUGACCCCAAGAAACGCACAAAUCGCGAAACGUUCCAAGAAAUGUUUGCAUUCCGAUACACAUUCACACGUCGUCAAACGUUGUAUGGAGCAUUAGCACAAGUACGAGGAGUGGUGACGCAUCGAGUGUCCCCCUCACAAUUAAGCCGUAUAAAUGAAGCAAUUCCAAAGAUAACAAUCAUAACGGGAGAUGAUGAUAAUUUAGUCAACCCAGCCAAUUCACAUCAUAUGAAAAAGCAUAUGCCAAAAGCCGAUUUACACAUUUUACCGGGUGUUGGACAUGUUACUGUAGUACAAGAGCCGGAAAAGGUCAAUGCUAUUUUGGAUGAUGCUUUUGCUGUUGCUUCAAAGAGAUUGCAAGAAGGAAAGUGGUAGAAUAUGUAUACAGAAUAGAAUAGAUAGAAUGAUGAUGGCGUGUAUAUAGAGA